CUGAGACAGGCAUGUACCUGAGAUGCAGACACUUGGACUCCUUUCUGUAGAUCACAGAUUUUAUAUGAAGUCUGAAAUGUAUACAGUAUGGUGAGUGGCUCUCUUUGGAAGAAUAUAAAAUUGUAAGCAUCCUACUUUGAGAGUACUUGAGCCAUGAGAAGGAAAGUGUCAUAGAAUUAUGAGCUGUAAAACUCAAGCAACAUUGGCAGCACCAAUCUACUUCAAGAAGAAGAUGGGUAUUGAAGAGGAUCCUUAUGGAGUUGGAUAGCCAUUUGGGCAAGAAACUGCUCUUGCCUGGACUGUUGCAUAAACUGGACACAAAGAACCCUCAGAGAGAGGACUACUGAACUUGCCUAAAGAUGUUUAGUCACACCGUGAUCUGAGAGCAGGGUCUGAUGUGCUGGACAAGAGAUCGCAUACCCAUGAGGAAGAUGCUAGUGAACUUGAUGAGCAUCUUUGAAGACCACAUCCAGGACAACUCUCCACCACCCAGGAGAAUCAUCUAAAGUGACUGCUAGAAUUUUCUAUAAGACUGUCACACCUAUUACACAUUUGCUAAAAAUGAUCAGAGACAACAAACACUGGAGCUGGUAUUAGGGUACAUGCAUCUCCAUCAGAAGGUGCCACGGGAUGACAUCCAAGAAGGCCACAUAAUCACCAGCAUAUAGACCACUAACAUGCUGAUGGCAAAAUGCUAAUCAGUGAAAGAGCCUAUUGCUGGCCACGAGGAAUUGCUCAAAGUAGAUCCGAAGGAAAUUUGGUUGACAUGGAAGUCUCAAAACUCUCAAAAAAUCAUAUUACAGCAUGCCAAGGGUUAGACUUGCCUCACAACUGGACAGAAGCUUCUACUCACCAUGGUGAUAGUGUUGCCAAGGAACUAUCUGCUUCAAACCCAUUUCUGGAGGACAUCACUAAGCUAAGAAAAAAGCAAAAGAGAGAUAAUAUGUCCAUUUUGAAGGAAGAUCCUUUUCUUUUUUUAAAACAAAUUGAAACAGGGAAUUCUUUUGAUUCCUCUGAAGAUGAACUUGACAUGGAUCAGAUGCUUAGGCCAUCUUCCUCAAGGAAGUCGGAAAGGUCUAAGAGUGUUUCAGAAGUCCUGGACAUCUUACAUGAUACGUCACAUGCUCAUCAGAGUAUACACCACUCUGACCAAAUCCUAAUACAAGACUUAGAGUGUCUUCAAAAUGACCGAGAAGCAUACAAAAUGGCUUGGUUAAGUCAACGUCAGCUAGCGCACUCUUGUAUGGAUCCGAAUAUAAUUAAUCAAAGUCCUGGAUGGGCUCAAACACAAAUUGCAGAGACCAUUGCAGUUUGUAAAUUAAACCACCAAGGAGGGUCAGUUCAGUUACCUGACUCAGACAUCAUUGUUCAUGUACCCCAGGGAAACAUAGCCAUAGGAGAAUUCCAGGAGGUAUCUCUGAGAGCAUUUCUGGAUCCACCACCAAAGCUGAACCAUAAUCUCUCCUGUACUGUUAGCCCUCUUUUGGAAAUAAGGUUAAGCAACCCUAAAACCAUAAGAGCUAUUUUGCUGGAGAUGAAAAUUGGAGCAGAAGUAAAAAUAGAUCCCCUGAGCCAAGUCAUGACAAAAAUGGUGUGUUUACACAGCCUGGACAGAGAAGGCCCUUUCCAAGCACUGAACAACUGCUAGGUCUACAAAGACACCAUCCAAGCAAAAUUUCUUGAUCUGAGCCACGUAAUGUACAUAGUCAUAGCUGUACAACUUGAGGCCAUUCAGCCACCAGCUGCUACUAUUUGGAAUUAUAUUCACAAAAGCACUUCCAUUGGAAUUUAUGGGCCCAAAUAUAUCCAUCCAGGUUUUACUGUUGUUUUUGUAGUUUGUGGGCACAAUUAUGUGCCAGGAAAGUUUGCAGUCUCUGACAUUAGGACGGGUGGAAAAAAUACAUCUCCAGUAGUAUUUUAUCUCUGGGGAAAGCAUUCAUGGUUACUUGGCAAGCCACAAGAUUUAAUUAUUUCAGCUUUUUCAUGUGAUCCUGAUUUUGAAGUAAAGAUAGAGAGAGAAAGACAAAUAAUUGCACAAAGGCAAUUGGAAGCAGGUGCAGUCAUCCAUCAACAAGUUUUCUUUUCUUCAGUUGACCACAGAGAGAUGCACUCAUUUGUUUUCCGGGUUCAUGCAGGGUCUCUGGAUGGAAAACCAGUCACACAAUUCUUUGUCACUUCACCUGAUCCAGCCACAAACCUCAAAAUGCUCUUAGAUCUGCAGAGCUACUUCCAGGAGAGAAAAAGCAAGAAAGUGCCUUUGUUAUCAACAGGGUUUAUCAACUACCCCACUUUCCAAGUUAAAAAAGUAAAAUUCACCAAUUAUGGGAUCACAGUGAAGACGGUACUGAGGCAAAGUAAAAUUGACUACUUACUUGAGUAUUUAAAGGGGGAUAUAAUUGCCCUUCUUGGAGAAGGCCCAGUAAGAGCCAUUGGACAGUCCAAAGUGAAAGAGUGGUAUGUAGGUGUCCUUCGAGGUAAGAUUGAACUUGUACAUUGUAAAAAUGUCAAGGUGAUUUGCAAAGAACAAGUAAUGUCUAUAUCUGAUAGUAUUUUGACAACCAAGAAUCUUUUGGAGCAAAUUGCCUUGCCAUUUAAAAAUCUGACUUAUAUAUCCUCUGUUGUAUUGACUCUGGUGUCAGAAAACAUUUAUGAUUGGAAAAUUUUAGCUAAUGUCCUAGACUACUCACAUCUGGCACAGGAAGAUUUUGAUCAAAUUCAAGCAGACAACGAACCAGAAAGGGUUUCUUAUAUUGUCAAGAAAUUAAAGGAAGAUUGCCAUAAAGACAGAAGUACCAGGAAGUUUAUUUAUGAACUGAUUGUGGCUCUGCUAAAGAUGGAUCACCAAGCAUUAGUGGAACGUCUUCUCCAAGAGGCUGUUAUUCUAACCUCAGCUGUUAAACUCGGAAGAAGCUGGAGGGAACUUGCUGAGAAAUCUGCAGGACUCACUAAGCAUCAGAUGCAGGCGUAUGAAAUUCCUUACCGAGGAAAAUCUGGAGAUGUUUCAGCCGAGAUGAUGUGGAAACCUGCCUAUGAUUUUCUCUAUGCAUGGAGCAGUCACUAUGGAAACAGCUGUAGAGAUGUGUUACAAGACGUUCAAUCAGCUUUGGACAGAAUGAAAAACCCUGUCACCAAAUGGUGGAGAGACUUAACGGGAACUCUAAUACUAGUAAAUUCUUUAGAGGUUCUGAGAGUAACUGCUUUCCCUAUUUCUCAGGAAGCAUAGACUGAAGCAAGUUUGGGGAUGAAGGAAAAUGGUAAAUGGGAAAGUGUGUUUGUAUGUGUGUGUGUGUGUGUGUGUGUGUGUAAGUGUGUAUAUCUGUGUGUAUGGAUGUAUGUGUGUGUGAGAGAGAGAGAGACAGAAAGAGACAGAGAGGGAGGGUGAACUCAUAAAGAUGUCUUACUUUCACUAUGUUUGGAAAGCCAUGUUUUACCUUGAGAAACAAAUCCUGGAACUCUUACCAAGAUUGGAUUUUGUAGUCAAAUUUCUUUUUGUAUGUGGUAAAACGGUAAACAGUAAAAUGCUCUGGAACCGAGAAGGAAAAGCCCUUUUCUCUUAUUCAAUGUUCAUUCAAGUUUCUAAAGUUAAAACAGAUGAGCGUUUAAAUAAUAUCAAGCAGAUAGUUCAAUAAACCAAAGGCUUUAAUGCGGGUAGUUAUCAUGAGGCAGAGAAGUAGGAGGAGAGAAGGCACUUUGGGCCUUCAAAGGCUGCAUGCCUUCUGUACAUAUCUGCAUUCGUUAGUGGAGUCAGUCAGCAUUGCUCCCUGCUCCAUGUGCAGAAAUUCAGGUGGAAGAGGAUGCACAAGGCCAGUGCAAAGUAGGUUUUCUGCCUUGAAAGACUGACUCUAAUUUUUGAAUACUCAUGCCACAUAGCAGAAGAGUGAAGAGGACAAAAAAUAAAAAUGCAUCCUGAGAGAUGAAGCAUGCUCCUCUUCUUCAGCAUCUCCCGAAUAGAUACCAGAAAAUAAGACACUGUCCGAAAAACUAGCUUUAAACAUGGACUAAAAUUUUUCAUCAUCUUCCUUCAGUAUCUUGGGAAUAUAUAUAUAUAUAUAUAU